UUCAAUUUAAUUACAUGGGUAAAUUUGACCGGCUGAUUUUUUUGUUAUCUUCAUAUUUUCUGUGGAUUCGUAACAUGCAAUUAACUCAUUAUCCACCCAUUUGAACCGCCGGGUUUUUAAAAACCCACUGGACCAAUUUUGAGUGAACCGGACGAUCCACGUUAUAAACCCAGAUAAUCCAUGUCCCUUAAGAUUUUCGGGUUUCCAUUGUCUUCUGCAACCCUUCAGUGAAGCCGUCUUCUACAGAUCCUUUCUCAAUAAUCUAAAUCUUCAAAUUCAAGUUGGAUUAAACAGAAGAAGAACGUAAUAAGAGCAACUACAUUGUAGCUGAGUGGUAUUAGAUUGUUGCAAAAUUGAUUUGGUUAGCGGUCAAAAUAUGGUUACCGAUGGGAGCAAACCUCAAGCAUCAGCUGCUCCGCCACACAAACUCGUUGUGCUGAAAUUUGCUGAGUCUAGAGCUUCUGAGCUUGAGAGUCUUCACUCUGUAGUUGCAAAUCGUGUGAAUAAUGAUUUCCGCUGUCGAAGGAACAAGCGGCGGAGAACUACUGGGCAUGAUGAUCGAGUUGGGAGAAAUAGGUUUAGAAAGAAGCAGAGAGUUGGAAUAAAAUAUAUGAAUAAAAGUGAUUCUUCCAAGAAAGAUGAGAAGAAGGUGUCUCGUCGACUUCGAAGGAGGGUUGAACUCAGCAAGAACCCUGAGAGUGGGUUUUGUACUUCAGGGGAUGGGAUGAAGAGACUGAGAACGCAUGUAUGGCAUGCGAAGCGGUUCAAGAUGAUAAAACUCUGGGGAUUCCACAUUCCUCUUGGUCUGCAUGGCAGAGGAAGAGGCUCAAGGGCGCUCUUAAAUAAAUUAAAAUGUGGAGUGCUUGUGCAUGAUAUGAGCCAUUGCGGAGCUGUCCAGUUGGAAGGUCCAGAGGAUAUGCUACUGUCUGUGCUGAGCUCUGUGUUGGUUCCUUCCCCAUCAACACACUCCCAAGAUAGAUUGCAUAACAUGCUUUCUGGCAACAUCUUUGGAAGUGCUUUGCUUCAUCAUGCUGGGAAACCCUUUUCCCCAACUAUUGCUCCAGUCACCUACUUGUGGCGACCUCUAACACAAAUUGCUGUUAAUAGAGAAGUCCACAAAGCUAGCUUGUGUGAUGAAAAACAGAGCAUUGACAAUGGUGAUCCCUUCCGCCAGCUAUGGGUGUGGAUCCAUAGUGCAGCUUUUAGAGAAGGUUAUGAUGCUUUAAGAUCUGCCUGUGAAAGACAGAUGGACGUGACCGGUCAUUCACUUAAAUUUACCUCUCGUGAGGGCCAGCUUGGAAAUUUGGAAUUGAUUGGAUCAAAUGCAGUUCAGCUUCUUGGAAGGAUACUGCAACCUGUCAGUUGUAUCUCUGAGAGUUCUUGGCAUCUGAAGAAAUUUUCUGCCGGUGAGGAUGAAGAGGAAUCAAAGAAAACAUCCAUCCUUAAGAAUGAAGAGCAAAUUUCAUCUUCUGCAAUUAUUUCUCUUACUGUCAAUGAUCCUCGUACAUCGUCCAGGAAAGCGAUUGAAACUGUUUCUGAAGAAAAGCCUCCUGGCCUAUUAGGUAAAAAUAAAGAGCAAACAAGGUUGGAAAGGGAUGCUCAGUGGCUCUUAUUCUGCACAAACAACGAAGACUGCAGUGUAGCUGAGCCUAUAGAUUUGUGGGAUGCCAGCAGAGGGAUAUGCCCUCCAGUGGAAGAAAGUGUUAUCUGCAUGGAAAAACAUCACCAGCGUAAGGAGUUUAUUUGCCUUGGAGGUACACAUUCGGGGAUUCAAAAUGCUUCCACUGAGGGAAAUUCUUCUAGAUUGUGUCCUAUUCUGCUUCUGAAAAAUGAGAACCUAGAGGGUUCUGUUACAAGGUGGUCUAUUAUUCUCCCUCUAAGUUGGGUUAAAGUGUUUUGGUUUAGUUUAGUUUCCAAUGGUGCUCAUGCCAUUGGUCUCAGAGAGAAGCACCAGAUUGCUUGCGAAGCUGGGUUGCCAUAUUUUCCUCUCGACUUUCCCGAUUGCGAAGCGUACUCCCAUUUUAUGGCAAUGGAGGCUGUUGCCUCUGAUCAGAAAGCCGUGCUAUGUCCUCCUUCCACAAGGCCCCCAAAAGUUCCAAUACCCCCUCCAUGGGAUUGUGUCCGACUUACUUUGGAUAAAGAAUCAAGUAAAGCUGAAAAUUCUCAAAGUCAAGUUGAAAAAUUUAGUGAAGAAGAUGGUGGCCAUGGUGCUCCAUUUAAAGGUUUUGUGGCAAGGACAUCCAGUAUGUUGAUCGGUUUUCUGAAUAAACUUGAUGCUAAUCAUUUACUUCUAUUCCCAAAAACGCUUGAUCAGAAGAAUUGCAUGUAUAAGUACAUGAAGGAUAAAGAAAUUCUUAAACAAGACGCUGUUAACUUGGAAGUGAAUUCUUGCAAAAAGAAGUGUUUUCUCCGAGUUCUUCUGCGUGCUUACAAGGAAGGCGUUUUUGAACAAGGAGCUGUGGUUUGUGCACCCCAUAUUACAGAUGUGUUGACAUUCAGAUCCCAAACUAACAGAGAACUUCAGUUACCUCAGUAUUCAUUGCAAUCAUACUUUGAACAGAAACAAUCUGGAGAAUGGGAACUUCAAGUACCACAGGAUCCGGCAGUUCUAGAAUCCUAUAGGUGGCCCAUUGGUUUCAUUACAACUGGCUUUGUACGGGGAAGCAAGAAGCCAGUUGCGGGGGCUCUAUGUGAGGCAACCUUACUCUCUAGGCUUCGAGAGGAACAAUGGAAGGCACUGCCUGUUAGGCAGAGGAAGAAGGAGAUUUAUGUUCUUGUGAGGAAUUUGAGAUCUACAGCAUACAGACUUGCUCUUGCAACCAUUGUUCUAGAACAAAGGGAAGAAGAUAUCAAGUUCAUGUGAUAUUUUCUCAACCCCAAUAUGACAUUGUAUUUACCAUGGAUGAAGAGCUUAGUCGAACCAUCCAAAGUCAAACAAUAUGAGAUACUCUAUCGAAAAUAGCUUCGGAGGACCUGUUCUGGUUGUUAGAUACUAUGUAGUGUGUCCUGCACAGUAUUUACAGUGGUGCUGGUUCGUUUUUAGCUGUGUUGUGGCAUGAAGAUUGGGGAAAAACAUAAGUGUUCAGUGGAAAAUUUGCCAUAAUUAUCAGCAUUGUUCUUUAUAUAUAUGCGUUUAGAUAGUAAUUCACACGACCUGCGAGUCGGGGUCUAAACUAGCUAGGCUAAUCCAUCAUUAUGGACUGACAAUGUAUUACUUCUGGAGAACUUUCAAAAAGAAAUGCAAGUUCUUUAACAUUCUUAUU